CACACACAACUACCACCUUUUGUCAAUAAUGCACAUGGAGUGUUUCUGCAUGUGGAGUAGGUCCAUCUCCCUUAAGUGUAACUGUAAACACAGCAGAGUCUGACUAUUACUUAUCUGGAGAUCCACUGGCUGUUAUCUGUUUAGAAGGUACUGUGCUGCCAUUCCUUUGAUAAGAACAAUCAAUCACUCCAGCUGACAGUGGAGUGACUGUCCUGCCUUGAAUUAAAUCAUGAACUAACCCCUCACCAUAACAUUGCACACUUGUUUUCAUUUGGUGAAAUAAUGUGCAAUAGAAUCCAUAUCUCCAUUAAAUAAUCAUUUAGAAAUGGGAAGAGGGGGGUGUGGGGGGUCCUUGUAAAGGACCAGUCUCAGACUGGUACUGGGAGCAGACGGGGAUGCCACCAUGACAGACCAAAUGAUGGAUGGUGUCCCUGUGGCAAGGCUGCAGGCUACUGACUUCCUCUGUUGUUGUUGCUGUGAUGCUGGAGAGAGACACAGCAUCUGUCACUGGAACAGAGUUGAGUGAGGGGAGGCAGAGGCUGGACUGCUGGGGCUCAGACCCACUGCAGUCUGGGUCAGGUGGGCUGGGAUUUGUCGGGCAGUUUGGGGGAUUCCAGGAUAGACAGUAUACGGCACGGGGAUUGAUUAGCAGGAUUCAGAAAUACAUGGCCCAGAUACUUCCUCUCCAUCUGGGAGUGAAGGGAAAAUGUUGACAAGAUUGCUGAAAUGGACUUGAGAUGAGAGGAGGACAGUCUCUUUAACUCCGGCUGGCAUUUUGAGGGGAUGGGUGAAAUGUAAGCGACUGUUUCCAGCUAAUAAAGAGAGGAUAAGCACACAUGGAUUAAAAGACAUAAAGCCUGAUUUGAAUGCUGCUGGUUGCGUUCAGAUUCUCUCUGUAUUUAGAGAUAAAUAAAGCUCCCUGUCUCAUACACAAUCUAGCACCUUAUCGCUAGAAAACAAACACUUUUGCAUGAACCCACUGCGAUGUAAACAGAUGAUUUCUGUAGCGAACCUGCUAGUCAUACUUUGAAGGGAGCGUUGAACUGUAUUUCUGAAGGCUGACCUAGAUUUCAUUGCUGAGUUUGUUGUGAGGAGGCACCGCUUUAUUUUUCUGCUUCUGCUGUUAAAUGUAGCCACCUGACGACAAACUGAGGCAAAUAUUAAUACCAAGUGCCAUGCAAUAUUGAUGAAGAACGCACAGGGGAAGGGCAAUGGGAAGGGCUUACAACUUCACUUAUCAGAUGGAGAGAAAAGAUUUGCAGUGACAUUAGAUGGCAUAACCUGGCAAGCCUCGCAAAACAGAUUUCAGUUCAGGCCACUCUGGAGUAAAAAUGACACUACUCAUUAGAGCAUGCUGGUUUCUUUUUACUCACAGUGUUGGGUAGAUGAUGCUCUGGUUUUAUAUCAGAGCUAAUACACGACUGUAGGGUUGCAACUGAUGAUUAUUUUCAUUUUCAGUUCAUUUAAGAUACUAAAGGAAUUGACAUAUUCAAAAUGCUUUUUUUUUUUCUGACUGACAGUCAGGCAGCUCUACAUUACUGUUUGUGUGUGCAUGUGUGUGUGUGCAUGUAUCCUCUGCUGAAUUUGUAAGGACAGGAUGUAGAAAAGAUGUGUUUACAGAAUGUUGACCACAAAAGAUCACCAUACAAGAGAUCACAUCACUUGAGUUUAAAGACUAUAACAAGCUGAUAUAGUAUGAUAUUGUUACUGAUUGUUAAAUAAGCAGUUUGAAUAUAACUGCAUUGAAAAAACACUCAGCAGAAUCUGAAAACAUCAGUUCAGUCACUAAAACCAAACAUGGAUCGUCUCCUUGUAUGUGAUCUUUUGCCUCUGGUUUAACAAAGCAUGCGACAUGUCAUCAUCCACUCCUGAAGCUCCCAUUAAAUAAUAAUAAUAAUAACAAUAAUAAUAAUGAUAAAGAUAAAAACAGAGUUGCUUGUUGGUGUUAAUGCACAUUGACAUACACAGUGCAACAACAGCUUGUAAACCAACGGACCCCGAAUUUCUUGUUGAAAGAUCUUCACUGCUCCAAACCCAGUCGUCCAUGAAGAUAUGGUUUAAGGCUUUUUCCUGUCAUUUCAUUGUCAUUCCAUUUCACAGGUCCCCCUGUAAACGUUACAUGCAAUAUUUUUAUCAACAGUUUCGGCUCUGUCACAGAGACAACCAUGGUCCACCAGUUAAUGUUACCUGCAACAUAUUUAUCAACAGCUUUGGUUCUAUAGCAGAAACUACAAUGGAUUACAGAGUGAACAUCUUCCUGCGGCAGAAGUGGAAUGACCCUCGGCUGGCGUAUAGCAAAUACCCAGAUUCCUCCCUCGACCUGGACCCGUCCAUGCUGGACUCCAUAUGGAAGCCUGACCUCUUCUUUGCCAAUGAGAAAGGAGCCAACUUCCAUGAUGUCACCACAGACAACAAGCUGCUGAGGAUUUUUAAGGAUGGGACUGUCCUCUACAGUAUCAGGUUGACUCUCAUUCUGUCAUGCCCGAUGGACCUGAAGAACUUUCCGAUGGAUGUGCAAACUUGUACAAUGCAGCUGGAAAGUUUUGGCUACACCAUGAAUGACUUGAUCUUUGAGUGGCUGGAGAACGGUGCAGUGCAGGUGUCAGAGGGGCUCACCCUGCCUCAGUUCAUCAUGAGGGAAGAGAAGGAGCUGGGCUACUGUACCAAACACUACAACACUGGUAAAUUCACCUGUAUUGAAGUUAAAUUCCAUCUCGAGCGCCAGAUGGGCUACUAUCUGAUCCAGAUGUACAUUCCUUCCCUCCUGAUUGUCAUCCUCUCAUGGGUGUCUUUUUGGAUCAAUAUGGAUGCUGCUCCUGCCAGAGUGGCACUGGGCAUCACCACUGUGCUAACCAUGACCACCCAAAGCUCGGGCUCUAGAGCUUCUCUUCCAAAGGUCUCUUACGUGAAAGCCAUUGAUAUCUGGAUGGCUGUGUGUCUGCUCUUUGUAUUUGCUGCAUUGCUAGAAUAUGCUGGGGUUAAUUUUGUCUCCAGGCAACAGAAAGAGUUCCUUCGCCUGAGGCGAAGACAAAGGAGGAAUCACAAGGAUGAGGAUAUGCGUGAAGGCCGCUUUAAUUUUGCUGGCUACAAUAUGACCCAGUGUCUGCCAACGAAGGAUGGCUCAGCUGUUAAGAACGCUGCUCCAGCUCCAAACCCUCAACCGUCAGUCCCAAAAGACAUAGACACCAUGAGGAAGAAGUUUGUGGACAGAGCCAAGAGGAUAGACACUAUCUCCAGGGCUGCCUUUCCUCUGGCCUUCCUCAUCUUCAACGUCUUCUACUGGGUUACCUACAAGAUCAUCAGGCACGAGGACAUCCACAAGAAGUAAAGACUUUACCCUCGACAAAUAACAUUUAUUUUUCAUUUCUCAGAUUGAGAAAUGCUCAGAAAGCACAGUGAGAUGAGAUGGGAGACUGUGCAUUGAGAGGCACCAUGGUGAUGAUGGCGAUGUUCUUUCAGGGAUAAUGUAUAAUGUUCAUGCAUCAUACAGUAAUGCUCAUGUUCUGAUAACAUGAAGAGUUUUUGAGGCACAGAUGUUUUUUUUUUGUUGUUGUACUGCUGCAUAAUAUUUCCUAAAGAAUCUGGAAUAACGGUUUUAACUCAAGGCUUAGUAACAUGCUGGAGAAGACGGACCAAAAUUUUUUGAAAUCAGUUCUGCGUUGGCAUCAGAACAAACAAGGAACAAAGAAACAUUCCAUGGAUUUGUAACUGUAAGGUAGCUUAGUCAGGCCCUCAAAGACCUUUUGUGAUUGCAAAAAGGGGUCUUUCUUAUCAAGGAUGUUUAAGACUGUUUUAUAGUGUAUUAUUGUCACGGCACUUCUUGUGUUUAUACAAAAUACAGCGACAAACGUCUCAAAUAUACAGGCAGAAAGCACGUGCAGAUGCAUCUUUCAAACGUUAGGCAGCAGCACACGUCUCAGGCAUGAGCGUGAACAAAGCAGAUGAAAAUCUGGAAUUGGGAAUUGGAUACUGCAUUUUUAUGAAAUACCUGAGGCCUUAGAUAUCAAAAGAUUUGGUGAGAUGAAGUACUAUGCUUCUCUAUUUUUUCAAGCAUCUCCUCUUGUUUAGUGGUCUAUCAGAGCCGAAUGCACCGUUUGAGCUUUUCUACCUGUGGCCAGACAUCCAAAGGUACUUCGUGUCGUUUCCUUUUUCUCUAAGUGUAUUAUAAAUCAUAUACAUGGACAACUGAUGUCACCUAAAAACCAAUGUAAGUUAAUUCAGAUGUUUUGAAAGUCAUUAAUUUUCCUUUUCAUUCUAAAGUAAUUUAUUAAAUAAAUUCAUAUAUUUCACAGGCUAGGUUCAUAAAGUAUAAAGGCCAAUUUUGAGCAAAUGUAUAUGUAAGCCUACAAACUGUGAACAUGCACUGCAUUACUCAAUGUCGUCAUAUGCCCAUAACCACAUGAAUUCAUUUAUAUUCCAGGUAAAUACUCCAGGUAUCUUAGGUAUGCUUUUAGAGUUUGAGACUAUGUUUUUGUAGAUUUAGUCUGAUGAAAUAUUUAUUGUAAUGGAGGAAAGGUUAUGUUUCUAAAAAAAAAAAGAGAAAAAAAAGCUUUCUGUAUUCUUCUUCGACCUCUGUGGACUGUUUCCCUUCACUUGGCCUGUUUGUUGCUGGAUGGUGACGUAUGUUUGUAGAAGGAUUCGACAGUCGAAGACAGACCUGCGUAACAUUCAUAGUACAGAGCAGCUAAUGGUCCUUGCACUCCUGAUAUACUGUGGUGAAGAUUUACUGGCCUGUACAUCAAUAAAAUUGACUGUGCACAAUAUUUACUUUA